AUGGACAACCAUCCGUCUCCCGAUUUUCGCUCGCAGCAAUUCCCGUCGCACAACGAACCAAGAGUAUGGCUGAUCACUGCGGGGGAUUCGCCAAUUGGCAUCUCAGUCGCACGGCAGGUUCUGGCGCACGGGGAUUAUGUGCUACUAGGGUUGGCAUAUUCGACUCUGGAACGAGACAAGCGUCGUCAAGAUGGAUUUGAGGCAUUCUUGGCUGAAGUGGAGGAGCAUAAUGACGAGGGAUGGAAGCAUCGGAUGAAAGCAGUGCCUCUGGAUAUUCGAAUGAUGGGAGAAUGCCAAGCUGUCGUCGCAGAGGCAGCGACAAUAUUUGGUCAAAUCGAUAUCCUUCUAUGCUGCACUAGUCAAGCUCUAAUUGGCACUGUUGAAGAGCUAUCGGCCUCCCCACAAACCUUGAACCUCGUACACGACCAAUUCGAAAUCAACUACUUCGGCCCACUUAAUAUAAUCAAAGCCGCAUUACCAUAUAUGAGAAGAGAGCACAGCGGCCAUAUAAUGAUAUUAUCAGGUAUCACCGCCCAUAUUGGCACGCCAGGCCUAGGGAUGUAUUGCGCAGCAGGCUGGGCGCUUGAAGGAUUUUGCGACAGCCUGGCAUUCGAGGUUGCGCCCUUCAACAUCAAACUCACUAUCUUCCAAUGCAGUAUCGAGAUCGGCAUCCUCACAAAUCUGGUGACCAGCGUCCCACCCAUCUCCCCUGCCUAUGGCCCUUCGCAAAAUAGCGCACCAUUAUUCCGUGGUAUACUCAACCAUCUCAUCCCCAGAUUGCCGGAUGCUCAAUCUGAAGGGGUCAAAUCCCCAGCGACUGCAGCUGCAGCUCGACAAAAUGAUCACGACAAUGACCCAGAAAAUGCCAGAGUCAGUUCAAUGGAGGACGGUCCAUUCUCCGCUCCUAAGGUUGUCUCCAUGCAUCCCCCACUCAGCUCUGCACAUCUCGAAGUUUUGGUAUCAGAGACUGUAUACGCCAUUACAUCUAUCGGUGGACAUGAGAACCCACCCUCGCGGCAUAUCGUAGGACAAGAAGGUGUUGCUAGUGUCAAGGAGAAAUUAAAAACGGUCAGCGAGGAGCUGGAAGAUUUUAUCCAGGCUAGUUUUGCUGUUGAUGUUGCGGCAGAUUCGGACCCCUUGCCGCAUGUUGGUGGAAUGAUUUGA